GUUGGAAAUGUUGUUGGGCCAUCCAACAAACCCAAACGAGUCCAAACACUGGGCCCUUGACAGCCCAUUCCUCAUCGAUAUACACCUCCCUAUCUCUCAUUGCAUUCAUAAACCCUAAUUUCCCAAAUUUCUUGCAGGGACCAUUCUCCGCCGCCGUCGUCGUCAUGGGUAUCGAUCUUAUUGCCGGAGGUAAGAGCAAGCGAACCAAAAGAACCGCCCCUAGAUCCGAUGAUAUCUACCUCAAACUCCUCGUCAAGCUUUAUCGGUUUUUGGUGAGGAGGACUGGAAGCAACUUUAAUGCUGUGAUAUUGAAGAGGUUGUUUAUGAGUAAAGUUAACAAGCCUCCGAUUUCUCUCUCUCGUUUGAUUCGUUACAUGUCCGGCAAGGAUGACAAGAUUGCUGUGGUUGUGGGAACCGUCACAGACGAUGUUAGGGUGCAUGAAAUUCCUUGUCUCAAGGUAACUGCCUUGAGGUUUACCGAGACCGCAAGGGCAAGGAUCGAGAAGGCAGGUGGAGAAUGUUUGACCUUUGAUCAACUCGCUCUUCGUGCCCCUCUUGGACAGAACACAGUUCUUCUUAGAGGUCCGAAGAACUCGCGUGAAGCGGUUAAGCACUUUGGUCCGGCUCCUGGUGUACCACACAGUCACACCAAGCCCUAUGUGAGGUCGAAGGGAAGGAAGUUUGAGAAGGCAAGAGGUAGGAGGAACAGCAGGGGAUUUAGAAACUAAGAUAUCGGUUCGGAGUUUUAUUUCCCUGAUUUCAAAUAUUGUGUUUUUGAAGAGACUUUUAGUAUCUUACUUUGUGAUGAAAGUUUUGUUGUUGACACCCCUUUUUCUUUUGGUAAUGAAGUUCGAGGUUUGGACUUUUGAUUA